AAGACUUUUAUUUCAGCGCCUUUGGGUCUUUGCCCAUCAAGAAGCUCUCUCUCUCUCUCUCUCUCUCUCUCUCUCUCUCUUUUGCUUUCUUCAUCCUUUUUUUUUUUUUGGUUUUCAUCUUCUUCGUUAGAUACACAAGUAUGCAUAUAAGCACCGCCCAAAGAUCUCUCCUUUUUCUUGUUUCUUGCAGGAAAAAAAGUUGCAAUAAUUCGGCUUUUGCGAUGGCUUUUUAUACGCAAUACAACACUUUGUAGAUAGGAAAGUUGGGAAAUUUACCCAAUCUUUCAGAAACUUGUGCUUUAGAUUUGGAAGUGGAUACACAUACAAAUGUUUCUUGCUAUAUAGCCUUUAGGAAUAGAGAAAAAGUUUUGACCCUUUGGACACAAACUCUGUGGAAGAGAGAAUUAUGAUGGAGAAGUGGACGGAAGCAAGAGCCUUGAAGCCAAGCCUUAUCAGAGGUGAACCAACUACGGCGAAGCCACCGCAAUCUGCGGUGUCUGAUGAGUUGCUGAGCCGAGUUUCGUCUGUUGAAGAUUUCUCUGUCGAGUGUUUUCUCGACUUGUCCGAAGAAGAAGACGACCUCCUUGUUCAUGAAGGUGUUGAUGAUGAUGAUGAUGAUGACGAUGACGAAGGACAAGAACUGGUUUCUCUAUGCUCUUCACAGGAGGAACAAGCAGAAUCUGAGCCUUUCCUCUUGGAUCAAUGGCCUAUUCCGGAAGAGGACAUGGCAGAGCUUGAAUGGGUAUCUCGUGUUAUGGAUGAUGAUUACUCUUCCCUAAUCUUCACCGAAAGAAAACCCCAAGAAGCAGGACGAAGAUGGGAUCAUCACAGUAGAAAACCAUGUUUCUCGUUUAGGGUUCCGGUUAAACCGAGAUCCAAACGGUCUCGGAAUGGAAAAACCCGUCAACCCAUUUGGCCAUUCCUUAAACCCAGACCGACGAAACAGCCAGAGUCCAUGUUCCAAAGAAGGUGCAGUCACUGCGGAGCUAACAGCACGCCGCAAUGGAGAACAGGUCCGCUCGGUCCGAAGACUCUGUGCAACGCUUGUGGCGUGCGGUACAAGUCAGGUCGGCUUUGCAGAGAGUAUAGACCAGCUUGUAGCCCGACAUUCUCAAGUGGGAUUCACUCGAACGUUCAUAGGAAGGUUCUGGAACUGAGGAAGAUGAAUGAGUCAUCUGCUAACCAGACCGAGUCAAACUCGGCAGGUGGAGGAGCUACUCUUAGGUAGACCUAAUCAACCCCCACUUUUUUUUUUUUUUUAAAUGUAGUGAUGUACAACUUGCUAUCAAGAUUUUUGAAGUGGUCUUGAAAAUGAUGUAAGUUUUUUUUUUUUUAAAAAAAAUUGCUUUAAGCAUACUUUGUAAGUGGGAAAAAUGCAUGGUUUAUGUGGAAGCAGCCAUGUCCAUCAAUAAUUUGUGACCA